AUGAUAAUCAAUCAAACAAUUGAUCAAUUUCAAGACCUGGAUCUCCUGGCAGUACUCAGUGUCUCUUCUAACAACAAUGAUUUCUUAUUAUUUGGUCAGAAUCCACAUGGUUAUCAAUUAUUUACAUAUGAUGUCAAGAUGAACAGUGUACAACUUAAACAACAAACAUCAGCAUUGAAGUCCCCAACUUAUAAUGUUUACUCACCAGUAUCAUAUGACUUUGAGAGGAAUACUGUACACUUCCAGAUGAAUCCAAUGUGGACCAAUGGAUUAGGUAUCAUGUCUAUUGACUUUGAUAACCAUCUCAAUACCUUUGUUACAUUACAGAAUUCAUCUGUUAUAUUGACCAAUUGUUUCUAUGACCAGGAUAGUCAUGUAUUCUACAGCUCAUACAUUGAUAUUAAUGCUUCUAUGAAUGUGGCACCAUAUGACACGAGAGGCCAAGAGAAGUUGAGACCAUUCAAUCUCACAUUGGACUUUAUAUUAUUGGACAAAUACUAUGGAUACCAGAGUAUAUACAUCUACCGUUCAAAGUUGUUUGUAAUAGUUGGUUCAAUGUCACCUGGUUUCCCUUUAUGGAUGGGUGCGAUCGACUUGGAUUCUAUGGAGAUGUCUACAAUAUUCCUAGAACAGAGUAUGAUUGUUGGCAACAACGAUCUUGUAGGAUGGCGACCGGAUUCUAUCGAUCUUGAACAUGGACGCAUCUCGUUGUACGCAGUCGUUUAUCCAGACAACACCAAGUCCUACCUCUACAUGGUGGAUUUAUUCACACUCUCCUACACCAAGACAUCGAUGUUAUUGAAUCUCUCAAAUGGAAUGGAUUGGACUAUAAUG